AUGGGGAAGAUUGCAUUCUUUGAGGAUAAGAACUUUGAAGGCCGCCGCCAUGAGUGCAGCAGCGACGGUCCCGACCUGCGCUCCUACUUCUGCCGUUGCAACUCCGUUAAGGUGGAGAGUGGCUGCUGGGUGCUGUACGAGCGUCCCAACUACACUGGCAACCAGUACAUCCUGAGCCCUGGGGAAUACCCUGAUCCCCAACAGUGGAUGGGAUUCAAUGAUAGCAUCAAGUCAUGUCGCUCUAUCAAAAAUGUAUACGGAAAGUCCUGGAAGAUCAGGUUCUACGAGAAGAAGGAUUUCGAAGGCCAGGCGGCGGAGUGCGCCGAGGACUGCGCAUCGGUUUACGAGGCCUUCAAGUUCCAGGAAGUCCACUCCUCCGUGGUCACAGAUGGCGCCUGGGUCCUCUACGAGCAGCCCGACUACCACGGGCGCCAGUACUUCCUGGAACGGGGGGAGUACCACGACUUCACAGACUGGGGCGCCACCUCCCCCGCCGUGGGAUCCUUCCGCAAGAUCACAGAGUUCUAG